AUGAUGGAUACAAUGGUGAAUACACCGACACCUGUACGACAGUUGGUAGCCCAAUUUGACAACUUGCAUGUGGAUGUUAUGAACAAAAACUGUGAUGAAGACUCAAAUCAUGAUAAAAGUUUGGAUUCUGGUGCUGGAGGUUCUUUAGAUGACCAACUGUCGGCAGCAGGAGGUUCUCAGUUGAUUGAGGAAUGCAGUACGCUACCGACACCGGCCACUUUACGUAGCUCGAUUCCUCUUUCGGGCCAGACACUAGAUAAAGUACUUUCGCAACCAACACCAGAACCUGUGCUGGCACAUGCUGUACAUAGUGGACUACGAGAAUCUACCGUUUCACAUUGUCAUCCGAACGAAAAAAAUUUAGCUGAGGUUGUGGUGUCGGAACUUGAGGUCAGUGGAUCAGAUGUUGCCAAGAAAGUAAACAGUGAAGAUUCUACUAAAAUAUUGUCCGGUGAACAUUUUCGAAAGUUACUCAACAUUAGUCGCAGUGAUCUUGAAAAGCGAAUAGAAAUGGCCGCAGAAGUAUUGGGAAAUGCGAAGGAUAUUCCUGAAGCAGCGGCAGAUACAGUUCGACUGGCAGUUGGGAAAGCAAAUUUGCUACUUUCGAGGAAGAUGAAAAAAUUUGCAGAAUUGAUUGAUAAAAAUUUGAACCCUGUUGAUGGAGAUUUACAGCCAGCCAAAGUAUGUGAUUUGACAGCAUAUUGGGAUUUGGUGAAAAUUGAGCUUCUGGAUGUUGAGCGUCUUUUUAAUGAUAUAGAUUUGUUAAGACAGAAUAACUGGCAGCCGGUACCUGUGUCUGCUGGGGAUGAUGAUUCAAAGGGUUCUCAGUCAAAAGUUGAUGAGAAAACAGUACGUAAAGUACGACCUGCUCCAGCAGCUCGAACAAAAGAUGCUGGCAAAAAUGCAGCGACAGAAAGGCAACGAAAACAGGCUUUGGCGGAAGCUAAACGUAGAUUACGGGAACGGAUGCAAAACGAUGGAGCUGAUUCAGAUACCCUUAUUUCGUGA